CCCACUCUCUACACGCACGCGCGGUGUCGUUCUGCGUCACGUGAUGCCACAGCUUCCUGUUUGCAGCCAUUAGUCCGGUGUGGAGGAUGAGCUCAGGAAAUGGGACCAGGAGGAAAGUCAAGCCGCAACAUUUCAGUGACAUGGUGGCGUCUGACCCCGACACACUGUUCGAGAUUCAAGGUCUUUUCAGUAAAGUCAGAAUCUACGCGAAGCCGUCCAAUGGCGAGUGGCGUAUCCCAGAUCCGAACGCUGCUCUCAGACACACGGCGGAGGAGCGAUGUCGGCUGCCGGCCCUGAAAGUGGCUCUGAACGCUGUGAAGAACCAGCUAAGCGACAAGAACAUCCAGGUCUGGCAUCAGCACACCAACUCCACCAAUCGGGCGGGUAAGGUGAUCGCCGCAGUGCGUUCUGCUGCCAAUGCAGAGAUCUGCACUCAGGCCUGGUGCAAGUUCUAUGAGAUCCUGGGAACCUUUAACCUUCUUCCAGAGGAGGCUCUUCAGAGCGGAGAGCUGAACACUGUCCACCUGUGUGAAGCUCCGGGGGCAUUUAUAGCCGCUCUGAACCACUACAUCAAAACCAGCGAAGCCACACGCUACUGCGACUGGAGCUGGGCAGCCAACACUCUCAACCCAUACCACGAGGCCAACGGGGGGAACACGACCAUCGCAGAUGACCGGUUAAUUGCCAACACGCUGCCCUGGUGGUUCUUUGGUUCAGACAACACAGGCAACAUCAUGCUCCAGAAACACGUGCUGGAGCUGCAGGUGUUUGUGUCUAACAUGCACAGAGUGGAUUUGGUGACGGCAGAUGGUAGUUUCGACUGCCAGGAGAACCCGGACGAGCAGGAGGCGCUGGUGGCGUCGCUGCACUACUGUGAGGUCACAGCUGCACUGUUGCUGCUGAGCCCCGGUGGCUCCUUUGUGCUGAAGAUGUUCACUUUGUACGAACACUCCUCCAUCUGCUUACUCUACCUGCUGAACUGCUGUUUCCGCUCUGUCAACGUUUUCAAACCUGCCACCAGCAAGGCCGGCAACUCCGAGGUUUACGUAGUGUGUCUGAACUAUGACGGCAAGGAAGCUGUGAGGCCUCUGCUCUCUAAAAUCAUUCGAAAUUAUGGUCCAGAGCUGGCCGACCGAGAGGCUCUCUUCCCAAAUGAACUAAUUCCAGCAUCGUUUCUGAAACAGCACGACGAGGUGUGCUCCUACUUCCACAUGCUGCAGGUGGAGACGAUCACAGAAAACCUGCAGCUGUUUGAAAAUAUGAGCACAGAGCAAAGGCAGCGGCUCGACCACGUCAGGGACUGUGCGGUUCAUGAAUACCUGCAGCGAUUCCAGGUGAGCUUCCUUCCACGGAGCCGAUGGAUCUCUCGUAACACUGUGAGUCCCGCGUGCUGCAGCGUCUCAGGGGGUCGACCUCCAGGGCAGAGGAAGCAAACAGGGUCCUUUAAUGAGCGAAGGGAGCUGCAGAACUUGACCUGGAGGGAGCGCAUCGAGAAGGGUUACCAUGCCACAUGGAUACAAAGACACUGCACCGAGGCCGGUGGGACAGGCUGCGUGCUGGAAGGCCCCCUGUCCAAGUGUCACAUGGAUUCGUGGUUCGUUAUUGUCGGGGCUGCGCUGCCUGCUCUCAGAAACUCUCCGUUCUGUGAAGGAGCGCUGUUAAACCACCUGAAUGAAGCCCUGAUGGACACGGUAGUCGACUGGACUCGUGUACGUCCCUGUGACUCUUGCCAUGUGGUUUGUGCAGCCUCCAUCUUGUCCAGUCUUGCAGGUGACAGUGGCGGGAACAAAAAGAAGAGACAGUGUCUGGUGUUUGGCAACCGCACAGUCUGGUGUGCAUGUGAGAACCAAAUUGAGGACUUGGUCUUAAUAUUUUCUGCGGAGCCUUCACUUCCUCAAAGAGGCUGCAUUACCCUGCACGACGGGGAGCCGCUGUACCAGCAGCAGCUCGUCGGCUGUGUUGUGUUUUCCCUGCAGACGCUGAACUCUGGGGAUGCCCUGCUGCUGCCUGUGUUUUCUGCCCUCACACGUGUCACAGCAGCUGUUGUAUUCUGCCUGCAUGUGUGUUUUCGCUCAGUCACAUUCAGGUGUCCGCCCCCCUCCGGUGUUGUCGGGACGGUGCUUGUGUGCGUUGGCUUCUGCGCCGACGCUGCCGCUCGAAUACUGCCCGUUCUCACAGACCUUCACAACUGCAUGAGUCAGCUGUUGAGUGGAGAGGGGGGUGAAAGUCAGCCUCCUGGCUGGGACAGACAGGUGCUGCAGUUUGUUCCCAUGGAGGAGCUGCUCACUGGAGGACUGAUGGAGUUCCUGUGGACCAUGAACUCUGAAAUCAUCCGACAGAAGCUGCAUCUUCUCAUGCAUCAGUCUUAGCGCAGGUUAUUGAGCGAUGACGUGAUUGUUUCAGGACCGGUCUUAUCAUUUUUAACUGCACAAGUUCGAUCAGGAGUCUUUCUUGUGUGCUGAUAUUAAAAAAGUAAUUAACCUCUUAUAACAGUGUCCAAAUCCUGGUAGACAGAUCAACAUUCACACAGAACCAAAGAUAUGGUCAGUUUAUCAGAAUCUUUUUCCUUGUCAUAAAGAGGCAACUCCAUUUCCCACAAUGCAACUCAACUACGGACAGUUAGGUUUAAGAAUCAUGUGUGUUAUGUAAAUAGCAGCUCAUGUAGCCCCGAGCCUCAAGCAGGGAUGAAGAGUGGGCUGCAGAGGUGUGGUAAGCUCGCUUCUUUCAAACGCCACACCUCCAGAUUCUUUUCUGCCGGUUUCCUCACGCAGCUCCCUUGAGAACCAUUCAGACACAACGUUUUUCACCCAUGCAGUUCUACUGUGAAACAAUGUUUUGGAUAAACGUGUGUUUUUUCGGACUGUUCAGUGUCCUGUCCGGUGCAUAUGUUCUGUUAUAAAUAUCCACUCAGAGGUGAAGGAUCCAUGUUAAAGACUUUAUUUGAUGUCAUAAAAUUAAAUAAAUCAUAGAAGAACUAAACAUCAGAUGACACUUAAAUAUCAACUAUAAACAUCUGAACAAAAUUCACUCUUUUUUGUAUCUAUUUAUCUUGAAGUGCCUGUUGUCUUUAGCGACACAUUUUUUUAUCCUUUUGUGUUGGAUCUUUUUUUUCUGAGACAUUGUGCAGUUUGUAACCAACUUCCUAUUCACCAAUUCAUUUCUCUUUCGUGUCCAGUGAGGAAAAUAUUUUGUCUUCAUAUGAAAGGACGCACUGAGUGCACUAAAUUUAGACCAUGCAGGUAUAAGUACUGCAUGGUUUAAUCAAACAUACACAUUAGCUUCAAUAAAAAAAUGAUUUGUAUAUUUGUAGUUUUUGCAUUUGAUUACAUGUAGAUUUUAGUUUGGGUUUCUGUUUUCUAAUAUAGAUAUAUUGUUACUGAAGAGAUUAUUUCCAUACAGAAAAAAUAAAUAAAUAUUUGCACUGA